GUCGGUCGGGCUUCCUCAGUUACUGUUGGACCGCACGCUGGCUUGGUCUACGCGUCGCGCCGGAUAAUAAAUCCGGCCCCGAUCUCGAUUUUCCAGAAGAGCGGAAAUUCAGGCCGCGCAGCACGCCGACCUUGACCCCCUCCCCUCCCCCCCUGGGAUCGCGAGGUCGCGUGGGAACCGGCGGAAACCGAGCCCGAAGGUGAGGAGCGAGGCGGAAGGAGGAGAUCGGAGAUGAUACCAGAUACGGAGGCGAUGUGUCAGACUUUUGAGGCUGCGGUCGACGGCGACGUCGAUGUGUACAAGAGGAUUAAGGACCGACCGGAAAAGGAAGUAGCAUCGGUGACCGCUUGGAACCGAUACCAGCGACUAGUGGCCGCGAUGGAGUCUCGGGGUGGCGAAUUCAACCGGAAGUCCGUAAUCGAGGCGAUCUUCCGCGGCAGCGAUCUCGUCUAUGUCAGUCAUUGAUCAUCGAUUGAUCGGCCAGAUGCAAGGGAGAAUCUCUCGUGCGUUUCUGUACCAAAGUGCCAGCCAGUAUCGAGUUGUUUUAGCGCAGUGGCGUAGAAUUCGCGGGGUUGCAAUAAGUAUCGCAAUACUCUCUCUGAAUAUGAAUUUGACGUGAGAGUAUUCUGACGAAAUUUUCUAGCGAGUAGGUAUAUUCAUAUAUUGUUUCUUUAUAUAGCGCGAAACUAUAAUAUACUAUGAUUAUUAAUUAUUGUACAAGGUGUCCUAUUUUAACUUUUGAAAUAUGGAAGAUGUGGGAAAACGUUUCAGAUAAAAUUUAUAAAGUUUUUAAAGAUAAAGCGAUUGUGAUAUUGAUUCAUUUACAGAUGGAGACACUCGAGAUUUAUUUAUGAUCGCUAUUUAUUUAAAUGGAUCAUAUAGCUUUUGUUGUGCAUUAUUGUGAUUCUUUUAGUUAUUGUGAAUAUAAAAGUAUUAAGGUACAAUUAUCAAAAAUAAUUAAUGAGAUUUUUUUAUUUAUUUUAUU